AUUGCCAGCAUGAUCGUCAAGCUGGGUCACGACAAGCAAGCUGGCGGAGGCGUCGGGGUAGCUGCCUAUGCUUGGCUUAUGACAGAGCUAAUCCAGAUUCACCCAGAUAUGUGGGACCUCUUUCUUUUCCACAUGUUUGAGACGUGUCCGUACCUCAUUCCUAUUUACCCUCUAGCCGAGGAGGGCCAGAGCGAAGAGGAGUUUGAAAAGGCCAGAGGAUUGUACAAGAAGGAGAAAGAGGAUGCUUUUUGUGGGCGGAUGGGGAAUGCUGCCCUUAUGUAUGGACUGGUUUUGUAUAGACUGAAGAAUAAGCCCGAAAGUGCUUUCCAUGCACCUGUCUUAGGAUGGGAACUUUUGGUAAAAAUGUGUUCACUGCCACCCAUAUCUGGUGUAACGGCAGCUGUCCUUAACUCCUUCCUGAGUGCAUUUGGCAUUUGUCUUCAUCAAGUAUAUGAUAAGCAGUUUACAAAAUUAAUGGUCUACAUAACCAAUGUGUACUUACCCAAAAUAGAGGCAUCAACAGGAAUGGGAGGAGCUCAGUCUCUAGAUCAGUUAAAGAAAAUGAUUGACACAUUAAAGAGAACCAGAAACUUCAGUAAAUAUGAGCAUGUGGAUAAGUUUAAAUAAAAUUGAUCUUUUCAGAACUAUUCUGCUUCAUUUUAUUUUAAACUAUACAUUCGACUCAUUUGUAAUGACAGUAGUCACCAGUGACUAAUUCUAAAAGGACUUGUGAAUGACAUAAUCACUAUUUUAUUGGUCUUUUGACUGAAACUGAACUCCCUUCACCUUUAACCUCAUGAUUUGUUAAAUGUAUUAAGCAUUUAAGAAAUAUAAUUUUAAAUGAAUAAAAAAUGUGUUCAUCCUUUGUAAAGCAUGUUAUAAUCAACAAUAGAGUGUAUAGUUCCCAUUCUUCAGAAAAGUACUAUAUUCAUCAUUGUUCAGGAGAGACAUGUAUAUUGUGCUAAUUUACAAUAAAAGAAAAUUUA